AUGUCUCAUCGAAAUGCUCGCUGCGGGAAGGUUAGCCAUACCGUCCGCCCACGGACCUCAUCUUUUGAUGCUGCAUCUAAGUUGGAUAAACGGUAUUUACCACCCAACGACUAUGAUAUUUGGCAGAUUAGAGACCAUCUACUCUCGAUUACUUCUGAUCUUGAAGAAAUGAACAAACUGAAUGAUACCUCUGUACAGACAUACUUAACAACGAGUGAUUCUUACUGCCUGGGACUCGCCGGUGGAACCUUCCAUGCCAUUCAAGCCAUUAAUGCCAGACCGAAGAAGCUCUCUUCCGCGAAGACGAAGGAACUCCCACCUGAGAGUAACCCGCAAACUCCCACCACUACAGAUGACCAGAUGAAGGAAACAGAGCCAGCAGCCGAGGCAGAAAUCCUACCACCAGAGCCAAUGGAAUCUGAAAUGACUACUAAUCCUACAGAGUCAACAAAGCCAGAGCAGCCAGCUCCAACUGAUAUCACUGAUAGUAUUCCCACAGAACAACAGGAUAAGCCUGAGCCAACAGUUCAUCAAGAAAUAGAAUCACAGAUAGAGGAUAACACCGAACCUCCAAAAAAGAAAAGGAAGAAGAAGAAUCCUCCUCCCCAACCAUCAGAAAGCAUGGAUAUUCCAUCCGUUAACAAUAACCCAGAUCCUGUAGUCUCACCUGCAGCCCAACCAGCAGAAGAGACCACAGACAAGAAACAGACUGAGAAACUGCAAAAUAUCAACAGAAAUCUUAAAGUUCUCAUUAAAGGACUUUCAUAA